AUGCCUGCUCCACCACCUCCUCCACCUCCUGCCUUCAAUGUAUCCAAUUCUGGCCCCGGAGAACAAGAUAGGAGUUUAUUACUUCAGUCGAUCAGAGCUGGGAAAACUUUAAAGAAAACCGUAACUGUAGAUAAAAGUGGACCUGCGAUUAGCGGCAAAGUAAGAGGUGAAGCAGGAAAUUCUUCUUCUUCGAAUAAUAGGGAAGCUAAUAAUUCAAAUACAGUAGUCAGCGGUAUUAGUAAUUCAAAUAAUGGAGGACCCAUAGGAUUAGGUGGAUUAUUCUCUAGUGGUAUGCCAAAAUUGAAACCCACAAGACUUAGGCCGACUUCAGGUGAAAAGGACAGUAACAAUGUAAAUAAUACAAGUUUUAAUCAAGUGGCAACGCCUAGUAUAAAACGAGGUCCUCCUCCAGUUCCACCACCAGUUACGCAAAAACCACAAGUAUUUGGUCAGAAGUCCAAUUUAAACCAGGGGCAGAGCACUACAGACUCUGCAAAUUCUAAUACAGAAGUACCCAAAGGAUUUGGGAAACCAACUCUUGCUCCCAAACCACCUUCAACGCCAUCUUCUACAGUACACAAGCCAUCGCCACCUCCUAAAAAGUUAAACUUAACUACAGGAGCAAGCGUGUCAAGAGCACAAAGUAUGCGAUUGCUUAGAUCACCUCCUGUGCUUACUCCCACUCCGCCAUCUCUUCAUCAGUCACAAGAUUGUUUGAAUGAAAGUCAAUCAAGACCAACAAAUCGAGUCCUUAGACCUCCAGUAGCUAAACCUCCAUCUCCACCUACUUCCAGAGCAAAUAGCUCAACUACUACUGCGACAAGAGCUGCACCACCACCACCCUCUAGGGUAACAGUUAGCGCGCCUUGUAUACCACCUCCACCUCCUCCACUUCCACAUCGUCCUGCUCCUGUUCAUCAAAGGCUAGCUCCACCACCUCCGCCACCACCAACACCUCCAACGAGAAGUUCUUCGAUGCGUAAUGGUCAAGCCAUGAGUACCCUGGACCUAGAGGUACGAUUCGCAGACAUGUUUCAUUCUAUUGCAAAUUUUCCACCACCGGAGCCAUUCAAAGGAUUCCCAAAAGUCUACAGCAGCAGAAAUGCUGCGAAACAACAAGCUCCUGCACCACCCCUGCAAACGCCUUCUAUAUCUAAUACAAUGGUACCAUUAAAUACAUCAUCUGGGGGUUAA